AUGAGUUCCCAAAUUUGUCAGAAGUAUUUCACAGAAGUGGAGGCCAUUGUCAAACCCCUGGUCAACCUGCAUCUGCAGGCCUCCUACAACAACUUUUCUCUGGGCUUCUCUUUCAACCAUGACGAUAUGCCUCUGGAGAACAUGGGACACUUCUUCAGAGAAUUGGCCAAGGAGAAGCUCAAGGGGACUAAGCAUCUCUUGAAAAUGCAAAACCAAUGUGGUGACCACUCUCUGUUCCAGAAUGUGUUGGAGCUGUCCCAAGAUGAGUGGGGUAAAACUCAGGAUACCAUGGAAGCCAUCCUGGACAUAGAGAAGAACCUGAACGAAGCGCUUGUAGAUCUGCAUGCCCUGGGCUCUAUACACACAAACCCCCAUCUCUGUGAUUUCCUGGAGAAUCAUUUCCUGGAUGAGCAGGUAAAAUUCUUCAAGAAAUGGGCAACCACCUGA